AUGUGGAACGACGAAGACAACAACCCCUACGGGGCUUUCGACCAACAUGAAGCCCACCUGUCGGACUCGUUACAUUCUACUGCCCUCUCCGCUCCAAUCUACGAACAUGACUCCACUCCACCUUCAAGCCGCGACUCUAAUAUAGAUCCCCCUGACUUCAUCUCCCAAGCCGAUGAUCUCAGCGAUCCCGAGGAAGCCGACUAUGGCGCUGCCAGUCAACAAUACCCCCGAAAGAGUGCCUACGACAGCCGCAUCGAGCAGAUCCUCUACGAGAACCACGACAUGCCCAUUAUGAUUGUAGACGCGGGAAAAAAUCAUGAAGGUGGUGGAAGCUUCAUUGUUUACACGAUUCGGACCGCAGAUAUCGAAGUACGACGCAGAUAUUCCGAAUUCGCAUCUCUACGACAGACCCUGGUCAACCUCCAUCCGACCCUCAUUGUUCCUCCGAUCCCCGAAAAGCACAGUAUGGCGGACUACGCCGCCAAACCCACCAAGGCUAAAGAGGACACCGCCAUUAUCGAACUGCGCAAGCGCAUGCUAGCAGUGUUCCUGAACCGGUGUCGCCGGAUGAAAGAGAUCCGCGAAGAUGGCGUUUGGUGGCGGUUCCUGGACCCCAACGUGAGCUGGAACGAGGUCCUUCAUUCCCAUCCCGCCUCUUCAGUGCCGAAAAAUAAUCUCAAGGCCCCUCCCCUCGACCCUGCAAACCCGACACAAGCUCAUGGCUGGUUACCUGUCCCCUCUUCUUCUGCGAAACUGAAGCACGGCGGCGGCGGGGUGCCACCGUCCCCUGGCGGAGGCGCAGGAUCGCCCCCAUCUCCGAACGAACAGACCGAUGGACCUCCAAUUCCCAACCCGGGCCAGGAGAUCCUCGGUAGAUUUCCUCCGGAAUCGCGCAAACUGAGUGAACAGGAACUGGACCCGUAUUUUGUGAACUUUGAGGCAUCGACGCGAGAGCUAGAAUUGCUCCUGCAAGGGAAUAUCGAGAAAGUGAACCGCCGUACCUUGUCCCACCUGUCAUCCCUCUCAUCUGAUCUUAUGGAGUUGGGAGCUCGUUACAAUGGCUUUUCGCUGUCUGAACAAUCGCCCACCGUUGCAGCGGCUAUUGAGCGGAUUGGACAAGCAGCCGACACUUCUUACAUAGAGACCGAGGAGCUGUCCAAUGCGCUGAGUGCCCAUUUCGCCGAGCCUAUGCGCGAGAGUGCCCAGUUUGCCAGUGUAGUCCGCGGUGUAUUACGGUAUCGUGUGCUCAAACGGGUACAGGAAGACAUGACACGGGACGAAUUGGCCAAAAAGAAAACACUACUGGAUUCCCUGGAGCGGAGCGAGCUCGAGGCGCAGAGAAUUGAGCAAUACCUAAACCGCACCACGCCCCAAUCUACCGGUAACACACCCCGCCGCUCCCUGUCCACCUCAUCUGCUGGCAGUAGUGAAGGCGGAGGUGCUAUGGAGGCCUCGACCGAUUCGGAAUUCCCUCCCACUCAUGGCGAACCCAUCGCCUCCUCGACUGGAUCUCCGAGCCCUGGACAGAGGCGACCGGACGCAUCACAAACAUCCCCUGCUCACAGAAAGACCUCCAGCGGGAGCUUCAUGUCGAACAAGCUGUUUGGUCGCAUCAGUCAUGCAAUUCACGGGUUCGCGGAUGUGGAUCCUGAACGGACGCGUCGCGAUCAGAUCGGAAAGACCAAAGAGAGUCUCAUUCAGCUCGAGCAAGCACUGGAGGUGUCAGACAAGGAUGUCAAGGACGCUAGCGCGGGGGUGUUACAGGAUCUGCGACGCUUCCAGAAGGACAAGGAAGUUGAUCUGCAGCGGUAUAUGGUCGCAUAUGCCCGCUGUCAUCUGGAUUGGGCGCGGAAGAAUCUCGAGACGUGGACUGAAGCCAAGGACGAGGUGGAUAAGAUUGUUGCGCGGUAG